AAUAGACUGUAAUCGAGUAGACUGUCGCUGUCACUGACGAUGAGCGUCGAGCAGAACGAGCUCAACGACGAGCACCCACUCGUCCUCGAACUCUUCAGUCUCAGGCAAAUAGCAGCUCGCUUUCAGCAUGAAGCACACCAAGCUGCUCUCAAACUUCAACGUCACACUCUAGCAGCAGCCCAAACAAACGUCCGCUUACAUUUCCUCGAAUCACAACAUUCCUUACUUGCAUCUGAGCUAGCUAUCCUCCGCGCUCACCCAUUACCCAACUCUCAAUCAGACACCCACGUCGUCCAAGAGCUCACUCUCGCCCUAAGACGCUCUUCCGAGAAACUUGACCUCACAGAACAUGCAUUAGCAGAAAGGACAGCCGAACUCGUAAACACUCGUAUGGAUGCCCAAAAAGCACGUCACGAUGCAGAAGGCGCGUUUAAACUCGCUGCAAGUGCUCGUGCCCGCGAAGAGGAAGGUAAAGUCCGCGAACGUGGCUUGGAAACGCGUCUCCAAGCUGCAGAGGAGGAACGAAGGCUCAUAGAGCUCGUGGUGCAUGAGUAUGCUGAUCUCGUGCGCAGUUUAGAUGGAAGGAAGAGCUCACUUGGUAAUGGGAGUGCAGUACAGCAAAACGCGUCUGCGUCUGCGUCUUCUCUCACUCUCGUCGAAGGGCUCCACGAGGGUAAAUCAAGCUUGCAUCGCCUCAUGACUGAAUUUGCUUCCGAGAACGAGAAACGAGAAACGAGUAUUACCCAGCUACGAAAUGAGAUCGCGAAUUUGGAGAGCAUCCUCGAUGCAGAGCGUAAAACAGCCGCUCAAGACCGUGCUCACCUCGCAAAAGCGCAGUUAGAACUAGAGACACUCAAGCUAGACGAUACCACAGCAGCCAAGAUGGUCUCCCGAUACAUGAAAUUCUCGCAAUCCCAGACUAACGCCCUUCAAUCCACACUCACGACUUUCCAAACACGACACGCAUCCACCCAACAUACUCUCCAAUCCACAAUCAACGAUACCGAAGCACGAAUGCAUGCUCACAUGACCGAGAACGCACGUCUUCGCGACGCCUUAGAAGAACUCGGUGAAGAAGUCACCAGGGAAGCAUAUGGACGGAGGAGGGAGGUCGCACUGCGUCUUGCCCUUCUCGCACGGGAAGAAGCGCUCGGCGAAGCCCUACGCAGAUGGGUUCGAAGAGCCCAAGAAGGUAUACACCGCUGCACAGACGCAGAUGGUCAGACGUAUGCAACUUUUGAGCGGGCUGUGAAAGAUGCGGGGGGUCUUUUGAUGGCACUGGAUGCGGAAGUGGCUUUGGGGGAUGGGAGUUUGGUUACUGGCGUAUUGGGGAGGUUGGUUCUUGCUAAGGAUGCUGUGAUGAGGAUGAGUGAAGAGGUUGGGGUGGAGGUUGGGAGAAGGGUCGCUGCUGAGCGGAGGCUUUCUUUGGGCAUGGGGUCCCCCGACGACUCGGAGGUUGUCCACGAGCAGACCAUUGCAGCAGUCGAAAGAACACCCAUUGAUGUUGCAGAACAGCUGGCUCAUACACAGGACACGAACACUGAUAUCUCACAUACCCAGGAUCUAAUACCCGCUUCUCCACAAAUACCUACGUCCUCCUCUUCCAAGUCUCCUAGCAGAAGACAGCAGGAGUACUUCCUCACCUGUCAUAGGCGACAUCACGCCUGUCAGUCGCCUGCCGUCCCGAUCCUCGAUCUGACACAGACCCCCACUGGGCAAGAGGCGUGUAUUUUACCGCAGUCUGCCGAACUACGUACGCCUUUGGCUUCCGCGAAUGAGCUGACUAUGGAGCCUGUUGACAUGGAUGGAAUUUCGCAUACUCAAAAAGUUAAAUUGGACGCCCAAACACCUGACACUGAAGGUACAACUUUACCCGUCAUAGGCAACACCACGCCUGGCACUUCGCAGCUGCUUCUCGAUUCACCCGUUGAACCAAGUCGGACCCCCGCUGGAGAACGCAACCCUUUGGCUUCUGUGAAUGAGUCGACUACAGAGCAUGUCACCAAUGGAAUUUCGGAUACUAAGGAUACCCCACUACUCCUUCCCCUAACGAAUCUUGCAAAACAGGAAGAAAGUCCCACUAACCAAUUUCUGGAAAGAAACAAAGAUUCUGAUGAAAUCUUAUUCUUACUAUCCUCCCUCAGCAAAGUCAACCACCGCUAUGAUGCCCUCCAACACGCAUUCCGUGAUUGCUCUCUCGCACUCAAAGACCUCAAACGCUUGCUCCCUCCCAUCGCUAUCACCUCUCCGCCGACACUGACACCAAUACCUUCUCACUCUCCCCGAUCCCUCCUCCGCACCUGCCCUAGACCGCAUAUCCGACUAUACCGAAGAUGCCCGUAUGAAGCGCUCACCAUUCGCGGCUUCGAGACCCUCCUCACUGUUCCAGGGGCGCUGUCCCUUUCAUCGGAUUCGAACUUGGACCUUGAAGAAAUGCGUGCAUUUAUUGAUGGGCGUAAUGCGGGUGUGAGGAAGGCUAGGGAAAGGCUUGAGGAGAAAUUGGGGGAUGUGCAACAUGAUGUGGCGGUUGUUAAGCGAGCUGUGCAUGACUUUCAGGUUCAGCUUGAUGAGGAGAGGGAGCCAGAGGAAGACAAGAGCUGGUCCGCAUGGACAUCAAGCCUCCUCCCUCGUUCAUCCACGCCCACACCAACCCAAACGCCUACGUUCGGUUCUGUGAUGACUUCACCGCAAUUGAGGCGUUCUCCCUCAAUGAAGCAGCUUUUUUCGCUUGCAGAGCUGGAGUUGAGGAUUCCUAUGCCGUUACCUGCGUCGACACCUCAACCUGGGUAUGGGGGCCUUGGUCUUGGAGUGGGAUCUGCAGAAUUUUCACCAGGGUUGGGACGUCAACGGACAAUGUCAAUGAUGUAUUCGUUGGGGAUUGGGUCUUCGGUUUCGACUUCGGCGUUGGGGUCGGUGUCGUCAUUGGGGAUACCUGGGAUGUCGCCUGUGAAGAGUGGGGGAGGUAGGAGUCGGUUUGUUACGACCCCGCUCGCUGGUGAGACCCGCCGCGACCGUGAUGAAAGUGAUGUCGAGUGAUAGGUUUUGACACUUGCCAUGCGCGCAAUUUGAUGUUAUGCUUGGUUGGUUUAUUGCUCUGUAUGAUACAUAAAUUGCCUAGGUUGGGACCAUUUUGCAUACCUCCUACUUUUGUAUAGAUCAUUGAUUACGUGCACCGAUUGCGAGCGCUUACAACGUCGGGACCGUCAUUGAUGGACAUGACUUGAUCACGUGUAGAUAAAACGUUUC